UUAAAAAAAAUCUUUUCUGUAAGCGCCCCUCCGAUGGUCUGUCCACUCUGCGGGCCAGCUGUCCCAGGCCUCUGCCAGGGAGGGAAGAGGAGUGCUUCAGUGCAUGGCUUCGCUGGAGACCGCGGAGCGUUGGAAAUGACGCUCGGAGCUUUAAUUACCGCAGCCGCCGGACAAGUGUGAGGAAAGCUGACAGGAAAAAGAAGGACGGGAUCCGGGGAGAAGCGAGAAGCUCCCCCCGCCCCGCUCCCCUCCCCAUUUGGACUGGAGGUGCAAGGAAACUGAAGAAGGAGCAGAACACAGCCCGGCUGCGGGGAGAGGCCGGAAACCUACCGCCUCUUUGCAAUCAACUUUUUUUGGAAACCUUUCGCCCCCCUUCCUUUUUUAUUGUUGACCAACCAGUGAGAGAGAGAGAAAGUGAGGAGGCAGCGAGCAAGCGAAGGCUCACGCGGGGAAAUAACUGCACAGUUCGGCCCGGACCGCCACGCGCACACACCGAGCACACUCCAACACACGCACACUCGCCCCCUCUUCGGGCCCCGGCCCUGGACCCGCGGGCGCGGACUAGGUCGCCCGCCCUGGGAGUCGCUACACCGCGCGCGCCGCGCCCGCCCCCCUCGCGCCCCCACGCGCGCCCGGCUGGGGGAUCUCCUCCGCGUGCCCGAAAGGGGGAUAUGCCAUUUGGACAUGUAAUUGUCAGCACGGGAUCUGAGACUUCCAAAAAAUGAAGCCGGCGACAGGACUUUGGGUCUGGGUGAGCCUUCUCGUGGCGGCGGGGACCGUCCAGCCCAGCGAUUCUCAGUCAGUGUGUGCAGGAACGGAGAAUAAACUGAGCUCUCUCUCUGACCUGGAACAGCAGUACCGAGCCUUGCGCAAGUACUAUGAAAACUGUGAGGUUGUCAUGGGCAACCUGGAGAUAACCAGCAUUGAGCACAACCGAGACCUCUCCUUUCUGCGGUCUGUUCGAGAAGUCACAGGCUAUGUGUUAGUGGCUCUUAAUCAGUUUCGUUACCUGCCUCUGGAGAAUUUACGCAUUAUUCGUGGAACGAAACUUUAUGAGGAUCGAUAUGCCUUGGCAAUAUUUUUAAACUACAGAAAAGAUGGAAACUUUGGACUUCAAGAACUUGGAUUAAAGAACUUGACAGAAAUCCUAAAUGGUGGAGUCUAUGUAGACCAGAACAAAUUCCUUUGUUAUGCGGACACCAUUCAUUGGCAAGAUAUUGUUCGGAACCCAUGGCCUUCCAACUUGACUCUUGUGUCAAUAAAUGGUAGUUCAGGAUGUGGACGUUGCCAUAAGUCCUGUACUGGCCGUUGCUGGGGACCCACGGAAAAUCAUUGCCAGACUUUGACAAGGACGGUGUGUGCAGAACAAUGUGACGGCAGAUGCUACGGGCCUUACGUCAGUGACUGCUGCCAUCGAGAAUGUGCUGGAGGCUGCUCAGGACCUAAGGACACAGACUGCUUUGCCUGCAUGAAUUUCAAUGACAGUGGAGCAUGUGUUACUCAGUGUCCCCAAACCUUUGUCUACAAUCCAACCACUUUUCAACUGGAGCACAAUUUCAAUGCGAAGUACACAUAUGGAGCAUUCUGUGUCAAGAAAUGUCCACAUAACUUUGUGGUAGAUUCCAGUUCUUGUGUGCGUGCCUGCCCUAGUUCCAAGAUGGAAGUAGAAGAAAAUGGGAUUAAAAUGUGUAAACCUUGCACUGACAUUUGCCCAAAAGCUUGUGAUGGCAUUGGCACAGGAUCAUUGAUGUCAGCUCAGACUGUGGAUUCCAGUAACAUUGACAAAUUCAUAAACUGUACCAAGAUCAAUGGGAAUUUGAUCUUUCUAGUCACUGGUAUUCACGGGGACCCUUACAAUGCAAUUGAAGCCAUAGACCCAGAGAAACUGAAUGUCUUUCGGACAGUCAGAGAGAUAACAGGUUUCCUGAACAUACAGUCAUGGCCGCCAAACAUGACUGAUUUCAGUGUUUUUUCUAACCUAGUGACCAUUGGUGGAAGAGUACUCUAUAGUGGCCUCUCCUUGCUUAUCCUCAAGCAACAGGGCAUCACCUCUCUACAGUUCCAGUCCCUGAAGGAAAUCAGCGCAGGAAACAUCUAUAUUACUGACAACAGCAACUUGUGUUAUUAUCAUACCAUUAACUGGACAACACUCUUCAGCACAAUCAACCAAAGAAUAGUAAUCCGGGACAAUAGAAAAGCUGAAAACUGUACUGCUGAAGGAAUGGUGUGCAACCAUCUGUGUUCCAGUGAUGGCUGUUGGGGACCUGGGCCAGACCAAUGUCUGUCGUGUCGCCGCUUCAGUAGAGGAAGGAUCUGCAUAGAGUCUUGUAACCUCUAUGAUGGUGAAUUUCGGGAGUUUGAGAACGGCUCCAUCUGUGUGGAGUGUGACCCUCAGUGUGAGAAGAUGGAAGAUGGUCUCCUCACAUGCCAUGGACCGGGUCCUGACAACUGUACAAAGUGCUCUCAUUUUAAAGAUGGCCCAAACUGUGUGGAAAAAUGUCCAGAUGGCUUACAGGGGGCAAACAGUUUCAUUUUCAAGUAUGCUGAUCCAGAUCGGGAGUGCCAUCCAUGCCAUCCAAACUGCACCCAAGGGUGUAAUGGUCCCACUAGUCAUGACUGCAUUUACUACCCAUGGACGGGCCAUUCCACUUUACCACAACAUGCUAGAACUCCCCUGAUUGCGGCUGGAGUAAUUGGUGGGCUCUUCAUUCUGGUCAUUGUUGGUCUGACAUUUGCUGUUUAUGUUAGAAGGAAGAGCAUCAAAAAGAAAAGAGCCUUGAGAAGAUUCUUGGAAACAGAGUUGGUGGAACCUUUAACUCCCAGUGGCACAGCACCCAAUCAAGCUCAACUUCGUAUUUUGAAAGAAACUGAGUUGAAGAGGGUAAAAGUCCUUGGCUCGGGUGCUUUUGGAACGGUUUAUAAAGGCAUUUGGGUACCUGAAGGAGAAACUGUGAAGAUUCCUGUGGCUAUUAAGAUUCUUAAUGAGACAACUGGUCCCAAGGCAAAUGUGGAGUUCAUGGAUGAAGCUCUGAUCAUGGCAAGUAUGGAUCAUCCACACCUAGUCCGGUUGCUGGGUGUGUGUCUGAGCCCAACCAUCCAGCUGGUUACUCAACUUAUGCCCCAUGGCUGCCUGUUGGAGUAUGUCCACGAGCACAAGGAUAACAUUGGAUCACAACUGCUGCUUAACUGGUGUGUCCAGAUAGCUAAGGGAAUGAUGUACCUGGAAGAAAGACGGCUCGUUCAUCGGGAUUUGGCGGCCCGUAAUGUCUUAGUGAAAUCUCCAAACCAUGUGAAAAUCACAGAUUUUGGACUAGCCAGACUCUUGGAAGGAGAUGAAAAAGAAUACAAUGCUGAUGGAGGAAAGAUGCCAAUUAAAUGGAUGGCUCUGGAGUGUAUACAUUACAGGAAAUUCACCCAUCAGAGUGACGUUUGGAGCUAUGGAGUUACUAUAUGGGAACUGAUGACCUUUGGAGGAAAACCCUAUGAUGGAAUUCCAACGCGAGAAAUCCCUGAUUUAUUGGAGAAAGGAGAACGUUUGCCUCAGCCUCCCAUCUGCACCAUUGACGUUUACAUGGUCAUGGUCAAAUGUUGGAUGAUUGAUGCUGACAGUAGACCUAAAUUUAAGGAACUGGCUGCUGAGUUUUCAAGGAUGGCUCGAGACCCUCAAAGAUACCUAGUUAUUCAGGGUGAUGAUCGUAUGAAGCUUCCCAGUCCAAAUGACAGCAAGUUCUUUCAGAAUCUCUUGGAUGAAGAGGAUUUGGAAGAUAUGAUGGAUGCUGAGGAGUACUUGGUUCCUCAGGCUUUCAACAUCCCACCUCCCAUCUAUACUUCCAGAGCAAGAAUUGACUCGAAUAGGAGUGAAAUUGGACACAGCCCUCCUCCUGCCUACACCCCCAUGUCAGGAAAUCAGUUUGUAUACCGAGAUGGAGGUUUUGCUGCAGAACAAGGAGUGUCUGUGCCCUACAGAGCCCCAACUAGCACAAUUCCAGAAGCUCCUGUUGCACAGGGUGCUACAGCUGAGAUUUUUGAUGACUCCUGCUGUAAUGGCACCCUACGCAAGCCAGUGGCACCCCAUGUCCAAGAGGACAGUAGCACCCAGAGGUACAGCGCUGACCCCACCGUGUUUGCCCCAGAACGGAGCCCACGAGGAGAGCUGGAUGAGGAAGGUUACAUGACUCCUAUGCGAGACAAACCCAAACAAGAAUACCUGAAUCCAGUGGAGGAGAACCCUUUUGUUUCUCGGAGAAAAAAUGGAGACCUUCAAGCAUUGGAUAAUCCCGAAUAUCACAGUGCAUCCAAUGGUCCACCCAAGGCCGAGGAUGAGUAUGUGAAUGAGCCGCUGUACCUCAACACCUUUGCCAACGCCUUGGGGAAAGCUGAUUACCUGAAGAACAAUGUACUGUCUGUGCCAGAGAAGGCCAAGAAAGCGUUUGACAACCCUGACUACUGGAACCACAGCCUGCCACCUCGGAGCACCCUUCAGCACCCAGACUACCUGCAGGAGUACAGCACAAAAUAUUUUUAUAAACAGAAUGGGCGGAUCCGGCCUAUUGUGGCAGAGAAUCCGGAAUACCUCUCUGAGUUCUCCCUGAAGCCAGGCACUGUGCUGCCGCCUCCACCUUACAGACACCGAAAUACUGUAGUGUAAGCUCAGUUGUGGUUUUUAGGUGGAGAGACACAUCCGCUCCAAUUUCCCCACCCCCUGUCUUUCUCUGGUGGUCUUCCUUCUACCCCAAGGCCAGUAGUUUUGACACUUCCCAGUGGAAGAUAGAGAUGCCAUGAUAGUUAUGUGCUUAUCUAACUUGAACAUUAGAGGGAAAGACUGAAAGAGAAAGAUAGGCGGAACCACAAUGUUUCUUCAUUUCUCUGCAUGGGUUGGUUGGGAGAAUGAAACAGCUAGAGAAGGACCAGAAAAUGUAAGGCAAUACCGCCUGCUAUCAAACUAGCUGUCACUUUUUUUUCUUUUUAUUUUUCCUUUUUUUUUUUUUUUUUUUUUUUUUUUAAGCAGAUGGUUGAAACACCCAUGCUAUCUGUUCCUAUCUGUAGGAACUGAUGUGUGCAUAUUUAGCAUCCCUGGAAAUCAUAAUAAAGUUUCCAUUAGAAUAAAAGAAUAACAUUUUCUAUAACAAACAUAUGAUAGUGUCUGAAAUUGAGAAUCCAGUUUCUUUCCCCAGCAGUUUCUGUCCUGGAAAGUAAGUAUGGCCAACUCAAAUUUCAUAAUUUAAAAAUCUCCAUCAAAGUUAUAACUAGUAAUUAUGUUUUGAAGCCUUUUUGUUUUUUUUUUUUUUUUCAUUUUGUUUUGCUCUGACCAAUUCCUUUAUAUUUGCUCCCCAAUUUUUGGCUUUAAUUUCUAAUCGCAAAGAUGUUUACAUCAAAGCUUCUUCACAGAAUUUAAGAAAUAUUUUAAUAUAGUGAAAUGACCACUACUUUACGUAUACAAUCUUUAAAAUAAGAAAGGGAGGCUAAUAUUUUUAUUUUAGCUCUCAUUUUUCAUGCUAUCAAAUUAUCUUCACCCUCAUCCUUUACAUUUUUCAACAUUUUUUUCCUCCAUAAAUGACACUACUUGAUAGGCCAUUGAUUGUCUGAAGAGUAGAAGGGAAACUAAGAGACAGUUCUUUGUGAUUCAAGAAAACUACUGAUACUUUCAGGGUUGGUCCAAUGAGGGAAUCUAUUGAACUGGAAGAAACACACUGGAUUGGGUAUGUCUACCUGGCAGAUACUCAGAAAUGUAGUUUGCACUUAAGCUGUAAUUUUAUUUGUUCUUUUUCUGAACUCCAUUUUGGAUUUUGAAUCAAGCAAUAUGGAAGCAACCAGCAAAUUAACUAAUUUAAGUACAUUUUUUUUAAAAAAGAGCUAAGAUAAAGACUGUGGAAACGCCAAACCAAGCAAAUUAGGAACCUUGCAAUGGUAUCCAGGGACUAUGAUGAGAGGCCAGCACAUUAUCUUCAUAUAUCACCUUUGCUACGCAAGGAAAUUUGUUCAAUUCGUAUACUUAAUAAGAAGGAAUGCGAGUAAGGAUUGGCUUGAAUUCCAUGGAAUUGCUAGUAUGAGACUCUAUUUAUAUGAAGUAGAAGGUAACUCUUUGCACAUAAAUUGGUAUAAUAAAAAGAAAAACACAAACAUUCAAAGCUUAUGGAUAGGUCCUUGGCUCAAAGUUGUAAAUAAAUGUGAAAAAUCUUCUCAUGCAA